UCGAGAGGAAAUAUUUUCGGUUUUGCCUUUCCCGGAAUAUUCUUGCGUUUUUGUCCAGCUGUACUUUUUAGGGUUUCUUGUGUUCUAUAUUAACGUCUUAUGCAACGAUGUCAGCUGAGGUGGAGAGUAUUUUGAGAUCAUUUUGGGAGUGGCGUUUGAGGGAGAGUCCAGAAUUCGCGACGCAGAUUGGCGUUCAUACUUUCGACAGUUGCCUAGAUGUUCAUAGUUUGGAUGCAUAUGCCAAGCGUAAGGUAAAAUAUUCGCUUACCGCAAAGAUCACAUGACUAUUGUUUGUUUUGUUUUUAUACGCAAACGAAAUAAAGCUCCCGAUAUCACAAAAUUCUUGGAAGUACUGUAUUUUAGAUCAGAACUCGGGCUUCCGCCAUUAAUUUUUUUCCAGACCCGGGCGUUACCAGUGUCCAUAAAAAUCAAUAAUUGACGAUCAAAUUCGAUACUAAUCAAUAGAAAUCGAUAAAAAUUGACCACAAGAUUGCUCGUCAUUAUCGAUUCGAUCGAUUUUGAUCGACAUGUAUCAAUAUAUGAAAAAGGUGAGUGGUGGAAGAAAAGACUGCAUGUUAAAGUUUGUGUUGCCUGUUUUUUCUUACUAGCCUGAGUAUCAGGCGUUUCUGGGGAAAAGGGGAAAGAUGGAAGCGAAAAAGGGAGAGAGGUGAAGGAGAGAAACGCCUGACACAGAUGCUUUUACUGGAGCCUUCCACCCCCAUGCAGCAUGACUCGAUACCAUCCAAUCAAAAUCACUUCCGGUCAUUGGGUUGUCAGCUUCACGUGUCAAAAAGCUCGCCUAAAAUAAAUCUCAAUUUACGGUCUGGCCGAGCUCCGUUGCUUGUGUUGCUACGAUUUCGCUUUUUUUCUGAAACCUCCAAUGAGGAGUUUUCGAAUACUUGUACUGUAAAACCUGCCAUUUAUGAGGAAUUAUAACAUGUUUUGGGAAUUGUGCUAGUGUAAGAUCGCCAACGCUCUGUUUGUAAAUAAACGUGUGCCCGGAAAAUUGUAAAUUGCUUUUGUUUACAGAGUUAAAAAUCAGCCGCUUGUCUGGCAGCUAAAAAGCUGAUGUUAUCCCUCGUAUUCUCGGGUGGUUGAAAGGAGCUGCAAGAAUAAAUAGGAGGGUGCGAUGAUGAAACACCUAUGCCUAGAAAUUAUCAAGCAGCAGCAAAUUCCACCACUUCACAGAGAGCUCGUGAAAGCUGUUACAAGUUCAAAAAGAAGUGAGAGCCUAUAGCAAAAGUCAAUCUCGUUGGCGAAAUAUGAUGGCGCCCGCUUGAGCUUAAGACAUUUCAAAAGUGAGAAAAUUUUGGAAGAGGAAGCGAACGAAUUCCAAUCACACGUACGCUAUCAUAACCGCAACAAGCGAAGUCAAGCUUUUUAAAAGCAUUUGUGCUGUCGGCUAUCUCAAUACAUGGCUACCUUGCUCUAUUUUCAUUUACAGUAACAAUACCCUUUUAACGGCAGGAUGUUGUAAAUCUGAACUUAGAUAUCUGAAACACUGAUAUUGUCUUCUUUGUCCCGGUCUUGUGAAACCAUAUGAGGCUUUUCCACACUCCGAGUACAUCUUUCCUUUAAACUACGAGGCCUUGAAAACACAAUUCUUGCUCGGGUUUUAUUUUUAUUCCAGAAAAGAACUUGAGAGCGCCCUCUAGAGCCUUUUUGAAUUCCUCUCUGCGUCUCUGUCUGUAAAAGUAUCACAUACCGGUAACAUGAAAUCAAAACGUGUAUGAAAAAUUUCAAUGACCGCCUCCUUGCCAAUCGCUCUUGCGGUCAGUGACGUCAGGGGGUAUUGUGUGUUAUCCAAUCACUGCCACAUCCAGAUUUUGGAUGUGUCACACGAUUUGCUGAAUGGUUUUGUGUCAGGCCUUCCUUUCUCUUCUCCCCCUCCCCCUCCCCCUCCCCCAUCUAAAAUCUCCUCUCCCCUAGCCCCUUAGGAAGGCCUGAUACUCAGGUUAUUUCUUACAAGCUGCACAGUGAUUUUUACAGUUUGUUCCCUGUUAGCAGAGGUCUCUUUUCCUAGAAAGAAGCCUGUGCUCGCAGGGGAUACACAGACUUGCCAACCCCUAAGAGGCAAAAAUCCGAAAAAUCUUUAGUUUCUGACUCGCGACCGACAUCUCAGUCAAGAGUCAACCAAGACGUCAGUUGAUACAUCAGUCGACAGUCCCCCUAAAGAUACAUGAUCCAAGCUGGAAAAGUAGUGAGAACUGGAAAAAAGAGAUGUCCCAAAAUUCCUAGCCUGAUUCUCAGACGAGGUUGUUUGCGGUCCCUUUCGCUUCAGAGGGAGGGAAGCGAAAGGGACCGCGAACGACCUCGGACGUCUGAGAAUCAGGCUACAAAUUUCCUAGUGGAAAGACGUACGUCUUACAUAGUUGAUUUUUGGGUAUUAUACCAUGUAAGCCUCAUCUUUUAAAGUUGGAGCGGAAAAAAUCACCUAUUUCUUCACGUAGGAAUCUUAACCAACACCCGCGCUCUUUCCGCACCAUCCAGUUGAAGGGAUACUGGUAAACUGGCACACGUGAAUUUCUACAAAUAUCUGAUGUUGGAAGGAACUUUUGUAAACAAAAACCUCUCAACCUCUUAUACGUAAGUGGAUGUGGCCAAUCAGAAAUCAGUUCCUGGACGUUUGAAAAGAAAAACAGGCUCACCAACCACUCAUUUAGGAAGUAAACUUCAAACUAUGUCAAUGUAGUAUAGUUGAGUACGUGCACAAGACUGGGACAAAUUUGCUGUUUUUAUGCUAGAGAAGUUAAAGUCGUCUGAGAGUUUAAAGUUGUCUUGAGACGAUUUUAUUCUCUAUUAAAAAAGACGCUAAUUAAGACAGACGCAUUUAAUGUCUGAUGACAAUAACGACUUUAAUGUCUCCGACAUUAAAUGCAUCCAGUAUUAAAAGGGGGCGUUGUAAACUAGGAUGCAUUUAUUCGCAGCUUAUUAAGAGAUGAGUUUGAAGAGUCAGUGUUGUGUAUCUUUUCCACAAAACUCUAUUUUCUUUUUAAUGUUAUCAUCCACUUUUAUGCAUCCCCUUUUUACACCAGUGGACCUUAAUUAAAGUCUCAGAUGUUAAAUAUGUCAAGACAACUUUAACAUCUCUAGCAUAAAAAUGGCCAAUUUAAAGUCUUUAUCCAGUGCAGUUUGUUAGCUUAGGCUAGGUAGUGACUCACAAAGCUUGUAAUAAUUAAUAUUAAUCACUGAGUUUACUUGUAUUGGUUGUUUAUUUGAAACUGUUCCUUUAAACUUCAGGAAGACUGCAAAAAAUUCAUGAAGAGAUUAAAUGCAGUUAGUACAACUGAUAUUUCUAAGGUAAACUGACCAUUUUCUUAGUAUUUUAACAUUUCUCUUGUAGAAUUAAAUUGCUUCAGGCAAAAAAUGAAUGUCCUCCAAGCUUCUAGAAGGGGUUUUGGUCAUUAUAUUGGUUAGGAACAGGUGAUUUCUGUUGCAUGGCAAGAUUCUAGCUCACUCCCUUUUCCUGAUGUUGCAGAGCCUUUAUGUCACUGCCCCUGACUCGUGUUCCUUCAAGAAUUUGUAUCUUUGCCCAAACUUUCUCCUGUCCACAAAGCUUUACUAUUAAAAAGGAUAUUAUUUUUAAGUGGCACAUGCAUGAAGGCCUGGGUUGUAAUCUGCAAUAGACCUGCAAUAGACUCCAGGAAGGAGAGAAACUCCUUUUAGCAUUCUACAGACACCAACCACAAGAAAAUUGGGUGUCCUGUGGCACACAUGUCCCUUUAACUUUGUAUUAUAAAGGGGCAGGGUGUGUUGGUUUAACUGGUCAUUUUUUUUGCUUCAUUAGGAUCCCAGUAAACACCUUCUUUUUAUACAUGGUACAUGUCGAUACAGCAUGGGGCAAAGGGUUUAUCAAGUAACUAUUUUGUUUGAAGAUCAGUAGAAUAUUAUUAAUAUUAUAAUUACAGUGGGUAAGGAAUGGCCAUAUCGUCCCGACACUGAGGAUGAGCAAAAGUCCUUACAUGGUGCUUGAUACAGUAAUUUUAUUUAUUACUUUUGUCAUGACCAGCAGAAACUGGCUUUUAUUAAGCCAACUGCUACCAAUGAUAUAUGUAAAAAUGGUCAGCUACAGGUUCAAAUUGACUAAAGAGGCAUGAUAAGGCCAUAGGGAAAAUCUUUCUAAUUUAACGACUGGCUAGCUUUUAGCUGCCUUUAGUUAAUGACAGCUGGCCUGUGUUCGUCACUACUUUUGGGUAUUAAUCUUAUCAUUCAUUUUAGACUGAUGCCUUAAAUGUGAAGCUGCUUCAAAGAGAAAUCGAGAUGUUUCUGGAAGGGUCAAAUCAUAAAAGGUUAGAUAAAUGGAAUUCAGGUGUUUUAUAGCUUUCUAGUUCUCUUUUACAAUAAAACUCAAAAACCCAUGAACAUCUGAAAUAUUUUGGGAGUAUUAAUUGUGCUUAUAAUCAAUAACUUAACACAAUUGGAUGGUUUCAUCAUCAUCUCAUAAUAAUUGCUAUCUGGCUCCAAGUGUAGAAUUUCAUGUCAUUUUUAAGUAAAAUGAUACACUGUAUACCUUCUACUACUUAUUUCUUUUGUCUUGUUAUUAUUAUUUUUUAUAGACCUGGGCAUUAAUACUAACUAACACUAAUAAAAAGGGGACUGCUUUGCUGGUUUCAUUGCAACAAGACAACAAAGGAACAAUUUGGUCUUAUAAGUGAUUGUUAAUUUUUAUGCAGAGGGACUGAGAUGAAUUUCAAAUAUAACACCAUUUUAACUGGAAGGAGUUAUGAGUAUCAAUAUUGCAAGGAAAAUGUUUUGGACUACAAAAGGGCCUUUGUAACAUAUUUUCAGGUGGCCAGAGAAAAUUGCUACUGCCCCUGAUGUGGCAAUGUUAUUCAAAGUAGGUGACAUGCAGUGCAAAACAAGGCAAUCACCUUAAUUUUAAAGAUUAAAGCCAUUUAAUUAAAAAAUGGUGUAAUUUUCCUACAGUCACAAUGCUUAUUAUUAUUUUCUACUCAUGAUAACUGUGUGGCCUUUGUCUUGUUUUAGCUACUUGUUUCCUGUAAUAAAUCUAGAGGGACCUCAGCUGGAAUUUUUUACACGGCUGAUUUCCUGGAUGAAAUUUGAAACCAAGGAGGAUUAUGAAAAAUAUUUUUUAAGGCUGAAUGCUUUCCCAACUCAGGUGUGUAAUACCAUGGUACUAUAAGAGUAAGGAGCAACCAUAAUAAUGGCAAUGGUUAAAAUGUCUCUCAGAAAAAGAAUUGUCACUCUUUAAAAAUUUAUUGGGUUUAUUUAGCCUCACUCAAUUUGUGAAAUACAAUGUAGGUAAAAGUUCAAAAAGGAAAAGAUAAUCUCAUCCUAGUUGUUCAAGUCCUCCAUUAAAUGUCACAUCAGUAAUUUUUGCUUUGUAGUUGUGCAGUUGAUGUCAUGAUCAGUGAAAAAAAAAAAAAUUAUGUUUCAAACACAGCACAUGCAAUGUUGUUGAUGUAGCAUUUUUGAUGAUGUUGUCAUUGUUGUCUUCAUUGCUUAAGCUUCCUAGGUUUGAAAAAGCCACUUCGUUUACCUUUGAUCAAACUGAUCUUUCUCUGUGAGGUGAUGUAACUUGUUUACUUUUUCUUUCUAUAAUGACCAGGCCUCUGAGAUGAUUGUAUUGCUGGAAGAAGGAAUCAGAACACACUAUGUACCUCCUCAGCUUACUGUCGUAAGUGUUUCAAUAAAAGCAUAAUGGGAAACAGACUGAGAGGCCAUCUAUCUUGAGGAGAGGGCUUUUGAGAAGAUCCUGUUAAUGGUUAAUGCUAGUUAUAAUGGAAGGGCAGUCCUAAUCACAACUCCAUUUGUAUAUAGGAUGGGGUGGGGAGGAGGGGGGUAGCUGUACGGAUGCUUUUCUCUGUCUUCUCUCAAUCCAGCAUAAGGUUAAUCAGUAUCUUGAUACCCCAGAGUGCAAGGCAGUACGUUUACUUGUGAUGGACUUUAGUAAAGCAUUUGACUGUUUGAAACACAACCUUUUGUGUGACAGAAACUGAAACAGCUGAGUAAGAUGUCACUCACAUGCAUGUUGCAUGUUCCAUGAGAUGUUACUCAUCAGAGUCUUUGCUAACUGUAUAUCAAACAGAUUGUUUUUUUUAGCAUGACAAGAUCAUGAUGUCUAUACAUGUAUAUGUGGUGUGUUUAUAGCAUCAGACUCUGAUGAGUAGGAUCUAACCCGCAUGUUGCAUGUUUGUUUAGAUGCUACUCAUCAGAGAGUCUAUGCUAACUGUACAACAAACAGAUUGAUCUUUUUAGCAUGACAAGAUUAGAAGGUCCAUACAUGUAAUAACAACAAUAAUAAUAAUAAUAAUAAUAAUAAUAAUAAUAAUAAUAAUAAUAAUACCGGUAAUAAUAAUAAUAAUAAUAAUAAUAACAAUAAUAAUCCCAGCCAAAAUUACAGUAUGUAGAGAUCAAUCUGAAAUGUACAACUACUGAUGGAGUCAACUUUCGAACAAUAAAUUCAUUAAUGUAUUCUUGGGAGUUAUGCUUGACCUGGUUUGACUGUAAAAGGGGUUGUUCGAUAUAAUGAACAAAUUUCCCCAAUCCCUUGGCAGUUCGUUAAUCGAGCUUCCGCUGUAUCUAAAGUAUCUAGCAAAGAACAGGGGGGAAAAAAGUACAAAAAUACCAGGAUCAGGAUCUGCUGUGCAAAAAUUAAUGUUGCCCACAUAUUUUUGCGUGGCGACAUGUGUGGUGUGUGUGGCCGAGCAGUUAACACCUCGAACUCUGGAUAUGGAGGUCCGGGGUUCAAGCCCCACCUGUUGUGUUGUUUCCUUAGAGAAGGAACUUUACUCCACUUUGUCUCUCUUCACUCAGGGGUAUAAAUGGGUACCAGUGACAUACUGCUAGGAGGUAACCCUUUGAUGGAUUAGUAUCCUGUCCAGGGGGAGAGUAGCAAUACUCCAAGGCUUGCUUCAUGCUACAGAAACCGGUAUAAGCUCUGGCCGUGUGGGUCCUGGAUCAUGUGCGCCUUUACCUUUUUACAUAUUUUUGCGUGUGAGAGAGGUUUUACGUAGUAGAGAGUCUCCGCUAACUGGACAUCAAACACCUCACCAUGUUUAUAGUUGCACGUGGAAGGGUAUUAUUUUUUUAUAUCUCUGCGGAGGAAUGAUAAACAGCAGCAAAUUAUACAGCAUUAGUAUUUCUCUUAGACUGUGUAGCAAGUGUUUUUGCAGCCCAAUAACUCAAUAAUGGAAACACUUGCUUUGCAGGCUUUAUUUCUCUUUAAACCUGCCCUCUCAGAAAUUUGCUAUCUCUUCAGUGUGUCAAUCAUGUCGUCCGUCUAGGGUUCAGUCUUGGAGAGAGCAUGAUAUUGUUGAAGAAAAGGAACUUUCUGCUGAUAUACCAAGCUAACAAUAAUAAUAGUAAUAAUAAACAUUGAUAGUAGUGAUAAUAAUAAUAAUACUAAGCAUACUAUUAAAAACCUUUUUAUAUUAUUAAUUUUGUUUUAAAAAACAGUCAUUUUUAUAAGCACCAUUAAUUUACAAUAUCUUUUUGAUUACAAAAACACAUUGAACAUUUCAAUUUAAAAAAUUCAUCUCAAUUGAAAAAAUCUUUUCAAUUAUGAACAAUUCAUUUCUGUUAAAAGCAAUUUUUAUUAAUAAUAAUGAUAAUAAUAAUAACAAUAAUAGCAGUGCAUCAAAAAACUAAAUUUCUUUGUCAAAGUUCAUCAUUUAGUGGGUUGUAAUACACAAUUUCUAAAAACAUGAUAAAGUUUAUUUGAGGAUUCAAUUAAGUUGGUAAAAGUAUGAUAUAUGGAGACCAAUCAAGCAUAUUUUUUGUGUUCGUAAUGACAACUAUCUCAACUUUUGUAAUAAUAACCAACCCGUUAUUGUUAAAUAAGUGUUCACGUCAUUUUGAGGCUUGCAGACAUUCUAUUGGCUCAUCAUGCAAUUUCAGUAGACUUUUUUUUACAGGAAUGCAAAAAAUGUCCGAGGGGGAGGAAUAUAUUAUUCAUCUCCCUCUCAUUCUCUGAGCAGGAUUUGAUAAAUUUGAUAAAUGGAGUAAAUUGGGGAGAGUGCUCAAUAAGAAUGUGCUAAAUGUACAGUUUCGGAGUCAUAAAAUACAGAGGAUUCUGGGUACAAGAUUGUACACAUGCACAAAAUCAGCCCAAUUUAUUUUGAACCCACCAUUUGCAUGUUUAGAGUCGAAAAAGAAAUCUGUAGUCUUACAAAACUGGGUAGGGAAAUGAACGGAUGUUGUCUUAAACAGGGAUUUGAAGAACUUUGCAGGAUUCCCCUAGUUCCCCUCAUCGCCUCCUUAGGUUAUUAAACCUAUGUAUUUUCAAUUUUCUACUACAUGUACUGUAAAGGCCCAUGUUCCUGAACAAAUUAUGAAAGUGAUAAAUGCAGUAUUUACAGAAGAUAACAGUGUCUUUACACCACUGAAGAAGUUUCCAGAAACCUUUUCAGAGGAGGAAAGGUGUGUUCUGCAGUUUUUGUUGUAGCCAAGGUUUUCGUGAAAAUAAGGUAGUCUGCUAUGCAACUGUUUCUUGGGAGGGAGUGUUGCGUGACGACACAAUGAACGGCUGUGAAGCAGAAGACUUGGGACUCUGAGGGUGAAAUGAUAUUACUUUAAGUUGCCUUUUUUUUAUCUAGUUGCAUUUAUACCCUUGGUGCCUCUCCCUUAUUGAUCUAACCCGGUACAUGUGGUGUGCAGUCCUAAGCAGGCUGUACAAAUUCACUAUUAAUUAGCGUCUUGAACAUGGCCGGUAUGAAACGUAGGCAGUGUACACUUUGCUGGAAAGACGUCCGGCACCGUUGUUCUUAAUCUGCUAGAUUCCCGUCUGUUCUGAAUUGCUAAAUUGUGGCGGAUUGCGUGCUCACUAAUUGCAAUCCUGAAUCUCGUGUCCUUUCUUGGCUACAUUUCCGAAUCCCUUUGAAAUGGCUUAGGGAGGUAAGGACAAUUUGAAAUCUGAUCAGUUGUGUCACUUACUGUACUCCCUUCACAGAGCGUCAUUCAAAGAACGUGGUGUUAGACUGAUAGAGGAAAAAGUGAAGCCCGCUUUUAAGAAGAUCCAUGACUUUUAUUUACAUGUGAGUAGAAGUUGAACAACUGAAUGUUGCUCGCUCUAGAAUAUGGUUAUUUAAUACAGUGCAGUUAUUUACUACAGUGCAGAGUGGUUAAUGCUGCCAAAGAAUUAAUAUCAGUGUUCUGCUUAUGGUUUGCAGAAGUACAUUCCCCAGACCAGGCAGUCCAUUUCAUGCAGUGAAUUUCCAAAUGGAACUGCAUUUUACAACCAGGUAAGAAGUGUAGAGAUGGUAUUAUAUUGUGUAAGAGCUGACCCGAGAAGGACUGGCUCAGUUGGUAGAGUUCUUGACUUCAGAGUGGAGGAAGUUGUGGGCUGGAUACCCAAGGCUGAACCAAUAUAUCCAGGGUCUGAAAUACAAUGGUACUGGGUUUGCUUUGCAAAUGACAAGACGUUCGUGUUGCUCGGACGAGCACGUAAAGUGGUGUUCCCUCCCCGGUGGAAGACAUGAUUUAGUGUAUUCAAUAUUAUUAUAUGUGUAGCUGUAGUACUUUCGUGCUAAAUACACCGAUGUACAUUGACAGUCCAAUUUUUUGUAACAUACAAAAAUGAGUACAUGUAAUAUUAUCACGGUGUGGCUUCCUCAUAAGCUGGCUGUUUUUUUUUUUUCUUUAACGUGCGAUUUCCCAUUAAAACUUAGUAAUUAAUUCAUUGUAACAUACACUCUAUGUAGCUCUUUCAUUAAUUGACUCUUAAAUACCACAAUUAUUCAAUGCUGAAUCAGGUGUUAAAGUUCCACAUUGCCUGUGAUAUGACAGCACAAGAAGUUCAUGAAUUGGGGCAGGCUGAAGUCCUACGAAUAAGGUCAAGAAUGGAUGAGGUAAGUACACUUUGCAGUGUUAAGAUUUUGGACUUUUUAAUCCUGUUAGCAUCAUAACUAGUUCCUAGACCAAGCGUCGAACUUUUCAUGAGACGAACCAAACUCUAAUUUGGGUCGACCUGAAGUAAGUUAAGAUCGUCUGUUGGGUCAGACGUCGAACUCGGGACUCGUCGAACUAAUCAACUGAAUCAGAACAAAAAGCAAUAUUAAUAAAUUUUCUCCCAAACAAGACUACGGUAAAUAUACAUUAUCAUACUAAAAUUUCUAAUUUAUUAGUUAGUUCGUGGCAUAUGAAGAUCAACGUUUGUCCACUUAGGAGACGAACUUCAGACGUUCUAUCCGUCUGAAGCAGACGGAUUAAACUAAAACGUGCCAUUCACGCGCAGAAUUAAGGCAACGUCCUUCAGGCCCCGGAGUCCACACAAAUCCAGGUAAGUGUUCCCGUCUGAAGCAGGCGGAUAGAACAUGAUUGACGGUCCAAACUCAUUCAGACGAAUUUAACUUAAAACACUAAGUUUGGUUUGUGUCAUGAAAAGUUCGACGUUUGGCUCAGGCCUAGGUCUUACCACAACAAAUCCCAGCUCCACUUCGAGUGUUGCUGAGGGAUAAUCACUGUUAGAGAUCUGGGCAGGCUGAAGCUGCUACUUACGUCCCGUCCAUAUAAACCAGGGCGAGUUAACGGGCGAGUUGAAACCACAUACUCAGGCCAGGCCCCGUUUACACGAAUCUGUGCGCCGGGGCCUGAGGGACGUUGCCAUCAUUCUAUACGUGCGUGACACGUUUUAGAACAUUUUACUUUUCCUUUACUGUACAAUUAGGACAUGUAAUUUCCUUACACGACUUUUUAGGGAGGUCGUAAGCGCAUGACAACAGUUUUUUUUUCUUUCUAAACUUGAGUGCGGUCCCAAGAAUUGUACUUGGGAAAAUUCACCCGUCUUUGACAUUUUAAACGAGUUGGAAUAAUCACGAUAAAGUUGAACAAAAAGUUGGAUCAUAACGUUUUUCUUGCCUUCGCCGUAGUGAAAAAAAAAUCAACUCGGCUCCCUGUUGAGAUCGUCGAGUGCCCAGGCUUCCCCUUCCCCAGUAUUUACCUCAGGGUUUGUAUGCGCCUCUGUGCACGCAGCAUUACAGUACAGUUUAUUUGCUUUCUUGUAGAUAAUCAAGCAGGUUGGGUUUGCAGGAAACUUCAAAGAGUUUCUAGAUAUGCUGAGAACUAACAAGCGGUUUUAUUACGACACAAAGGUAAAUAUUAAUUUUAUUAUUAUUAUUAUUAUAAAUAUUAUUUUAUUUUAAUGUUAUUACAUUUGAUUUACGUAACAAUAUCAAUAUAAUAACAACCAACUAAGAGUUGCAAUGAUGAUGUUACCACUUAAUUAUACAAUACAGUAGUAAAAUGAAAUCUCUUGAUAUGUUUCGAUCGAUGAGACAGAACAUUUGACCAUGGCGUUACUCACCCGUCAUAUUGUCCCGAGAGACUGAAAAAAGCUUUGUUUUACUACCUCCGACCUCGCAGUAAAAAACUUGGGAGCGAGGAUAGGCAGGUAAAACACAAUUACUUUAGUCUCUCGGGACAAAAUGGCCGCCGUGUGACAAAGGCCCAUUGAAGCAUUACUUGCACUUGUACGCUAUGGUAAAAUAGUGGACCUUAGAACCCAGUCUUUUCUUACCUGGAAAAUACAUAAAUGGUAAAUAAGCACGAUUUUGCCCGAUUUGGUUAUCGCGCAAGUCAGGACCUACCCAUCCAGAAUUGUUUUACGUUCCUUUUCUACUGCUCAAUUUGAAAUUAGAACUGCGAGGGAUCCCAUUUACAUUCAUUUUGAAUAGCAUUGCCAGAGGCUUAGCCAGCCCAUAAACCUAAAGCCCGGGGCCUACAAAUUUUUGGUUUGAUCACUCUACCUCUUGUUAUAAAUUAUGCUUUUUGUGGGUGAGCUAAAAAGCAUAAGAGGUCAAAGUGUUGGUGAGGAGCGUGCAGGCCUACAACUAGUCGAAAAGCUGGCUACGCCCCUGAUUGCUGUAUUUUUUUUUAUAUACUUGAUGUCUUUUAAGUGUUGUUCUGAUUAAGGUGCUGUGGGUAAGCCGCGUGAGGCAAAAAACUUUUCUGAAAAGAUUGACUUUGUAGACCUUUUAGAGAGGAGUUUUAAAUUACCUUUUCUUUCAGGAAGAACUUAUAAAUGGCUAUAAAGAUCUAUGUGAGAACACUGUUACGCCAAAGCUAAAGGAUUACUUCAAGGAAAUGCCCAAGACACCAUUUGAGUAAGCCCCCUGACCGAGCAGAAUUGUCAAGAGUGCGCUUGUCGGGUAGCCUCACACGCAGCCGUUCUUUUGGAUCGUCACGGAGGAACGCGUGACGGAUCCCUAAGAACAGCUGCGUCGAGGCUACUUGUUGGGAUUUUCCGUUGCAGUCGCGAUGCAAGAGGUCAUAAGAAGGGUAAAAACGACGAACGCGCUUCCUUUCUCAUUCAGCCUUGCCGUCCCAUGUGCCUGUGUGUUCUUGAAGCUUUCCCAUGAUCCUUUUUGCUGCACGCCAAAAAUUUCCGCGACCCCUUGGGCUGCGACUACCGCCGAAAAUCUCAAGAAGCUUAUUGGUUUGAGGCAAGUUGGUGUGUUUGUCGUCAAUUUGUGGAAUUUUUCUGUUUACCAAAGUUUUUUCGUUCAAAUCACUUACCUUUGGCUGCAUCUAAGCGUGGACACGAGACAAAAGAAACAUGUUUUUAUAGGGUGCCAGACAUGACGUGUUUUGCCCCCAAACAUUUGUAGUUUGCCAGCCGUUAAAGCAAAAAGGUAAGUUGUUUACUUGUGUUUGAUCAGCGCGUUCCGCUCAUAUUUUAUUUUUCUUAACUUUCAGACAUAUUUCUGGCUCAGAAACAGCACACUUGCCACCAGAAAUUAUUCUUAAAGUCUAAAAAUCUUGCAAAGAAAAUUUUGUUGAGCGAAAACAACGUAAGUCGACAACAGCCCGCGUACUCCAAACUUUGAUUGUUUGGCGGACCAAAACACGUCAGGUUUGCAUGCAAUUAGAACAUGUUUUUUCAUCAGAUGUAACCGACGGUAGAUUUGUUUAUAAUACUCAGGAUUGCCGAGACACCUGCAGAUGCUGCCCCCGUGGCUCCAGCGGCUUUCUAUAUGGGUCCCUCUGAGGAUGGCACAAGACCUGGACAAUUCUGGGUCAACACCUACAAACCUGAUACGAGGUAAGCAGUGGAAGUCCUCUUUUCACUAAUGUGCGCUAGUGAUAACCGAAGGUUACAGAGUGCGUGCGAGAACGAUGGAAGGUCAAAACGCUUUUGCUUCAAAUGCUUAAGUGUGCUUUGCAUUAGUCAAAACACGCGUGAUCAUAUUAAGAGUGAUACAAGGUCCAAACGCGCGUCAGAUCAGAUUACGUUCUGUGCAUUCCAUUUAUUGUUAGUGGAAGUCCAAACGAAGCUGGCUAUGUACGUGCCGUGCUCGCGUAAAGGAGAUUAGGUUUGCGGGCUUCUCUUGUCGCCUGCAGUUAGAUUUGUUUGUAAUACGCGAUGAGAUUACAACCGAUUUGGCUGGCCAGCUGAGACUAACAUUAUUCUUGCAAUAGGCUAGCAAAUAAUAGUUCGUUUUACCUGACUGACCUCAUUUUAGUAGGACAUUGUCCUUUCACCGACUGUUAUUUACAGCUCUGUUGCUAAAAGUAUUUCCUUAUAUUUUUUUCUUCAGACCCAAGUUUGAAAUGGUUUCCCUUGCGCUUCACGAAGCUGUUCCAGGUCACCAUUUACAGGUAUUGUGUUCACGUAAUGGCUCUUCUGCCUGAUUACGUUAGACGGGCAAAUUUUACCUCCAAGCCUCUAAGGUCAUAGGAUCGACUCCUGGUAAGAUUACUCUCGAUUUUUUCUUGCGAACCGCCUGUGUCACUGACUGAAAAAACAUCCUCCUCGUGUAUUCACCAGGCACAAAAUUCACCAUCACAUCUCUAUCAUUGCGCAUGAUAUACACAUACAUGUACCCUAAAUCUUCUAUUACGUCCCCCUCUCAAAUAAGCCCCCUGCCUCUAAUAAGAUCCCCCUUUUUCAGGGGAAGAAAGUUAAUAAGCCCCCUCCCCUUCCCCUUAUUAUUCUUCACUAAUAAAUGAUUGACUUAAUGAAUCAAUAACGACUGAAGAACUUCGUUUGGACUGAUCCAGGAUGGUUUAUUUACCGACUAGAAGUUCGGAUUUCAUUCUGAUCCUUAGUUGCAUGACCUCCAACCUUCUUGUACUUGAACUUUUCCGCUUUGUAUAAUUGUAGUUCUUUAUGGAGAACUGAUACCAUCGUCUUUUCUAGAUUAAAUAAGCCCCCACCUCAAAUGAGCUUGAAAUAAAUAAGCCUCCUGGGGGGCUUUAUAGAGGAUUUACUAUCGACGUUUCCAGUGCUAGCAGUAUGCAGGAUGUUUGGCACACCGAGUUUAGUGGCCUUAGCUCCCACGAGUCUCCUGUAGCUCAGUGGUGGAGCAUCUGGACCAGAAGGCCAUAUUUGACCCUUUUUGUCAUUGUUUUUUAAUAAACUUUUUAAAACGGUAUCUCUCUUGUGGUUUUAUUGCUGCAAUUAUUAGUCGCGUGUUUUAAUUGAUCCUCGUAAAGUUAUUUCAAAUUGUUUAUACAAUAAUACGUCAAGGUGCUCCCUUGGGUCUAGCUGUAGAGAUGAACUAAUUUGUAUUCAACUUUGGGCUUAUGAACUCGCGUAAUCAACUGAUAGACCAGAAGGCCAUAGGUUCGACUCCUGUUAGGAGUACUCGGAUUUUUUCUUCCGAUUCGCCUGCGUCACUGACUGACUUUCUCAAGGCUCGUUUGUAAGCAAACUUCUUCGGAUUUGCACUCUUUGUGGGUGGUUAUUCUUUUCAACUUUACUGCCUUCUCUUGGAAAUUCAUUUAUGCAAAAUUAUGCAACUUCACAUUUUCGAAACGAGGCUUGGAGAGAUUUGCUCGUCUGGCGUAGCAAUGCAUAAGGGCUAUUGUUCACGCUGCGCGAGAGUUGUAGCUUUUCAUUACUGAUAAUUAACGAUUUGGUUUCAGACUGCAUUUGCUAUGGAACAAACGGAGCAGCCUUCGUUCAGGCGUUAUGUUGAAGACAGACGCUACUAUGAAGCCCCAGCUCGCUUUGCUCUCCAUACCGCGUAUAUGGAGGUAUGUUCAACCUCGUUUACAUGGUCCUCUCCUACAGUAAGAGAGGACCCUGAGAACGAGGUUGACGUUUAUUUUGUUUGUUUGUCUGUUCGUUCUCUUGGUCUUUAACUAAGACCCAUUCAUGAGCAAAAAAAAAGGCUUGGUAUUACAGUCGACUCCCGAUAACUCGAAACCUCGCUAACUCGAACCUCGCGCUAACUCGAACCAAAAUCGAUUUCCCCAGGAUUUCCGUCAUACAUUUACUGUAAUUUUACCCUCGGCAACUCGAACCCCCGCUAACUCGAACCAAUUUUCGUUUCCCCUCAGGUCAUUUUCUAUAUAAUUUUACCCUCGAUAACUCGAACCAUGUUUUGAGCCCUUAAAAAGUAGGGAAAAAAGCCGUCUACUGGCGUCCGAAACAUUGAAUUUUGGAUUUCGUGUUGUAGGAGUAUAGUUUACUAAUGGAGGCUGAUGAUUUUCAUAGGCUAACGUGAAGCAGCUUUACUUCUCAAAACAGUAAAACGCAUGAUCUAUUUAGGCUAUGUUUUGUUUCGUUACGUUCUGAUUUAUAAUCUAGAAGUAUCUUUUAAUUUUCACUUGACAUUUGAGGACAUUUCUACCAUUAAAUGUGAUUAAAAUGUUCACUGUGAAGUAAAAACUGUUUUUUACCUUACUCUCGGCUAUUUUCUUCGAGCUCCCGAUAACUCUAACUUUUUUCGAUUUCCCUUGAAGGUUCGAGUUAUCGAGAGUCGACUGUAUUUGCUAGAUUGAAUAUCCUGAUAGUUAUUUUUCAGAUUAAUUCUUAAUCCUUAAUGUCUCCAAAAUCAGUGGUCAAAAUGUACAACCAUAACACUCAGAGUUGCCGCCGAGUUCAUGCGCACCCCACAAUAAACGGGCCAAGGUUUUGUUGUCUUUGAACGUCCCCACGUUAUGGAAUUUUUUUUCACUUUCUGCCGAUUAGUCGAACAGGCUCUCAUUGUUCAGGAAGAAAAUUAUUGUAUUUUUACAAACAAAUUAGUCUAGUGAUAAGUUUUUCUAAGUUUUUUACUUAAUUGAGAACGAAGAACUACUUUCUUUAGAUUCUUAACCUGUUUUGUUUUCUCUUAGGGUUGGGGCCUGUACUGUGAAUAUCUUGGAGAGGAAAUGGGUCUGUAUAAAGAUCCGUACGACUUGUAAGUGUAUUGUUGUACUGUUCUAUUUUGUCCUCUUCCUCAUGUCUCGUUUAGGUCCUAUCAACCGUGGGCAUUAUUUUCGUAGCGUUUACAAAUAUAAUACGUCUAGUUAAUGCGUCAUUAGAGACCUUACCAUUCGACACCGGCGACGCCAAUGAAAACGUUGUUGAAAUCGCCAUUAUUCUAAGUCGUUCUCAGAAUAGCCGAUAUCAGUCUAGUAACUAUGCCCGCGUUCAUCCGAGCGCCGAUUCUUCAGACGAAAUAUUUCUGCUGUAUAUUUUAAAUCGCCCUGAGCUAGAAAAUGUCCUGUUUCUACAUGCUUUCAGGUUUGGUCGGUUAUCUACGGAAAUUCUUCGAGCCUGCAGACUAGUUGUGGACACCGGAAUGCAUGCUCUAUGGUGAGAGAUCAUGAUAAUAAGAUUAGCUGACUUGGCGGCCUUCUUGUCAUAAUGGUACUCAAAUGAGCCUUACAACUUAAGUUUUGGCCAGCUUGUCAAUACCAUCAAGUCUGACGUGGAUACAACCUCGUUCCCAGGGUUCUCUCCGCAGGGACUAGAAGGAGAGAACCCUGGGAAUGAAAUUGGUAAUGAUACACAAUUCAUUUGACUGUCACUCUGAUAAAUAACUAAAUAACUUCUACACAGGUUGUUGAAACGUCGGUCAUGGACUGUCAACAGUCCUUUUCAUAUCUAAAUGAAGAUAUGACCGUCGCAGUUGUAAUCCCAAUUUGAGGAAUCGCUAAUUAAGCCCGAAAAGAUCUUCGUGCUUUAAUGGGACUUGAACCCAUGGUCAUAUCGUCAUUUAGAUUUGUUUUUCCGCGGUUCGCAUCUUCAUUUUAAGUCUUAUUCAUAUCCUGCGUAGCGGCGGUUUUGAUGGGAAGGGCGAGCGAGCGUUCAAGUCGAAAGGAGAAUGUGGCUUGUUCCAGGCUCCAAGAUAAUGCAGAAAGCAACUCGACAAAAUUUGCGCGAAAACCGCGUGGGGGCUGAGGAGAGACGGAUCGUUCCGGUUCACCAGCGCCUGAUAUACCCUAUGAUUGGUCUUUUUCAAGACUUUACUUGAUUUCCUGCGCUCCGCUGCCUGUAACUUUUUGCCGUCAGUUGAUUUUUUGCAUUUUACAUACGAACUGAAGUUGAGUCUUGUCAAUGGUGUCAAACCAGUGCCAUUACAAAAAGUUCAAAAUGGUGGCACCCGGGAAUUUAAAAGCGUUUGAUGUAGUCAAUUUUGUUUUACCCGAAUUAAGUCAAUUUUUUAUUAUUUCAAUUUUAGCUGGAGUCGACAGCAAGCCGUAGAGUUCAUGGUAGAGAAUACUGCUAUGUCUCUUCAUAACAUAAACACUGAGAUAGAUCGUUAUAUCAUCUGGCCAGGACAGGUAGGUUGUUGUACAUCUGCGGUAGCACUUUGUCGGUGCUUCGUUUAGACGUAAAUACAGUGAUUCAGUAUGUACCUUCUUAACUGUGUUAAGUGCUCAUGUAAAAGCUUAUGUGUUCUGCCGCGCUCCUUAAUUGCCUCUCCGCCCUGCACCCCGCUAAACGCAUGCUAAUCGCUUGUGGGUCGAGGAGGGGGGGUUUAAGAGAUUGGUGGGAAUUUUCGUGAAGUCUUUAAGUACGGAUGAUCUCGCUUGGUUUAGAGUUGCGAGUGAGCUGUGACAUUAGGUGCAGUAGACUAAGAGAAGUCAGGAAAGAAAUUUCAAAGGCGGGCAGACUCAAGAACUUAAGAUCUAACAAAAGAAAGAGCAAUACAUUUGAGAUGGGAUGAUUCUGGAGUUGGGCAAUACGCGAAGACUAUGCAGUCUCUCGGCUGUUGUCUCAUAUGGUGGUUCCAGUCAAAAACUUAAAACUGUAACGUGGCAUUUCGCGCAUGUAAUUUCGUUUUGUCAUCUUUUGAGAUACACUGGUAUUACCGUAUUUGUUUGUUUGUUUUUUCGUUAAGGCCGGGGGAGAAUCGCAUUUUUUUAUAUAUAUUCUUUUUCUUCUCUCUUUGCUUGCCACAGGCCUGUGCGUACAAAGUGGGUGAAAUAAAAAUCAAAGAACUUAGAAAGAAAGCAGAGCAGAAACUUGGUAAGUCGGGUUUCACUAGUAAGAACUUGUUUUUUAUUUUACAGGAUGUGAUAUCAAAGAAGACUUGAUUCUUAUUAUGUCGGUACGAUUUUUUUUCAGGGGAGAAGUUUGAUAUCAAAGACUAUCACCAUGUUUUUCUUUCGGCUGGUCCUAUGGGUAUCGACACCUUAGAAGAGGCUGUGGACGAGUAUAUAGCAAACAGUUUGACACCGUAAAUAUCUAACUGGCGACAAACAAUUAGUGAUUAUCCAACAUUCAAUAAAUUUAUUAGUACAGUAAAUUAUUGUCAAAGAACAGAAAAGAGAAAAGAUGAGC